UCGACCGGCCGAAGUGAUCGGGACUACGGGAAAGACUUUACCGCCGCUGCCGCCGCUUCCCUCCCGCCCGGUUUGAAAUGGAUAAUCUAACUAAAUAACACGCAGGUUUCUCGCGGAUUCACCGGAUUUUAACGGCAGUGGAUUCAGUCGCUACUUUCUUCUCACAGCGGUGUUCACAGUGUUCGUUACCCCGCGGCUGGCGGCUAGCAUCGGUUACUGCUGCUAAACAUGGUGGCCUGUCGGCAAGGAGAAGAAACGAGUCCAGUUUGGGGAUUUUAGAGGAUUUUUAAAGGCACUUGGACGCUUCUCACUGUGAAACACCGCUGCUCUGGACACAUUAUCGCCCUCCUUUUCAGCUUUAUUGGGAGGUUUACGGACUUCGACGUGAGGCUGCCUUUCUGUUUACGUUGAAACACUUGCAGCAGCAGACCGUCCGUGUUUGGUGGACCGUGGAUAAUUCUUCAAAAGUUGCUAUCCAGGCCGCCUCAAAGUUUAUCACCCGAUUUUGGAAAACUUGCAAAUCAUGCUCUUACAACUGGAAAAACACGCCAUAUAGCAACAGUUUUGUGUUUUUGUGUUUAUAUGACGGAUGACUCGACACUCGUCUAGAGAUGCAGUGGUGCACCAGUGCAGCCUGUUGGAACUACUUUAUCAUCUGAGUUACUUCUACCAGUCCCCCCAUAGAGGUCUGAUUCCUUGUUAAUCUGUGGAUUAUUAUGGAUUAUUAUUUUUAUUAUGGCCUAAUCCAAACCGCAUCAGACCGGGAAUUUUCGGAAUAACUGCCGAUACUGUUGAUUAUGAUGGUGAUGAUGACAGAGAAAAGCGAUGGUUUUCCUUCGUUAUGAUUUUGAGUAGAGAGGAGUUAAUUACAUGGGGACUCGCCUGACAUGCCAAGGACGGAGUUGCCACUACCUGAGGGUUGGGAGGAAGCCAGAGACUUUGAUGGCAAAGUCUAUUACAUUGACCACAUUAACCAGUGCACCAGCUGGAUCGACCCCAGAGACAGGCAGACGAAGCCUCUGACGUUUGCUGACUGCAUCGGGGAUGAGCUGCCGGUCGGUUGGGAGGAGGCGUAUGACCCCGCCGUCGGAGCGUACUAUGUCGACCACAACACCAAGAGCACCCAGCUGGAGGACCCGCGGGCCCAGUGGCAACGGGAGCAGGAGUCCAUGUUGCGGGACUACCUGGCCGUGGCCCGCGAUGCGCUCAGCGCCCAGAAGGAGAUUUACCAGGUGAAGGAGCAGAGGCUCCGCCUGGCGCAGCAGGAGUAUCGGCAGCUCAAUGACGCAUGGAGGGACAAGUCAACGUCACAGACCAGCUUGAAUUCCAGAUCGUCCUCGUCCAGCAAGUACGACCCAGACAUCCUAAAAGCAGAAAUAGCCACAGCCAAAAGUCGGGUGAACAAGCUGAAGCGGGACUUGGCCUGCAUGAAGCAGGAGCUGCAGUACAAAGAACAAGGCUUUGAGACCCUCAAAGAGAUCGACCAGAAGGUGUCCAACAGCCCGUAUGGCUACAAGCUGCAGGAGGCGCAGGCUAUCCUCACCGAGGUUCGCUCCAUCCGAGAUGCCAUCAGCUCUGGGGAGAAGGAGAAACAGGAGCUAAUGCAGAAACUUGCAGCAUUAAAAGACGGUUUCCAGCUGGACUCAGGCUCUCAGCAGGAGCUGUGGGGCAGCAGUCCCUCACUCGCCAACUCGGAGCUGUCCAUCCCUCGGCUCUACUCUGAUGCCGGCUCGCAGACGGACAUCCCCGCUGAGUUCAUGACCAGCACCAACAAACUUGCAGAGAAGGUUCGUCUGAGUCUGAAGUACGAGGAGGCCAAGAGAAGGAUCGCCACCAUUGAGGUGCAGAUCGCCAAACUGGACAGCGAGGCGUGGCCGGGGCUGCUCGACCCGGAGCGAGAUCGCCUCAUCCUCAUUAAUGAAAAGGAAGAGCUGCUGAAGGAGCUGCAGUACGUCAGCCCUCGCCAACGCCUGCAGCCCAAUGACGCUGAGAAGCUGGAGACUGAGAAAAAACGUCUGGAGAGAGACCUGCAGGCUGCCCGAGACAACCAGAGCAAGGCUCUGACUGAGAGGUUGCGACUUCACUGUAAGAGAAACAAGCUGGUCAGAGAGCUGGAGGAAAUGGUUCGACUGGCCACAUCACUACAUACUCAACUAAAAAGCCUCUCAGCCAGCACUCUGUCCUGUUCGUCCGGUAGCAGUCGAGGCUCUUUAACGUCCAGCCGUGGCUCGCUGGCCACCACCUCCAGCCUGGGCUCCACCUCCUCCCUCAGCUUCACUGACAUCUACCUGGAGCAGCCUGAACUGGCUGACCCAGACUUCCAAAACAAGCUGGACAGCCUCCUGCAGGAGGGCGGCCAGGGAGGCUACCGCCCCUCCAGCUCCAUCACCACGAUACACGAACAUGAAGUGGUGACGGGCUCUGGAGGAAGGGACGCUGAAAGGCUGGGGGCCAAAUCAAGUGGGGUAGGAGAAGACGUUGGGUGCUCUGCUGGAGGAACUGCAGGAGGAGGCGUUGGUGUUGGAGCAGAGUCGGGGUCAUCAAGGAUCCAGGCACUCAGACUGUCAGAAACCCCUCGCUCCAUGAGCUCUUUAUCUCCGCGGUCGUCUCUUUCCUCGUUGUCUCCGCCGUGCUCGCCGAUGGUUACAGACACUAGUUUCUUGCCUGGAGAGACAUUCACAGGCCAGACGGGGCCUGGCGGAUUGAGUCUGGAUCUGGAGCUCCACAGCAGGCUAGCAGAACUGGAGCUCAGCCUGGACUCUCAGGAGCAGCGGCAGGAGGAGCACAGGGGUCCCGUGGGGCUGGAGGAGAAGCAGAACCACAACACCACACUGGGAGAGGAGGUCAAAGACUCAGCUCCCCAGCUGCGAGGGUCGGGGGUGGGGCCAAAGAAGAUUGGCGUAACCUCAGCAGUGUCUGACGAGUCGGUGGCUGGUGAUAGCGGUGUGUACGAGCCUUCAGAGCGCAGGCCGGGCCUCCCUGCAGACAUGCUCCUGGGCUCGUACGAGGAAAGGUUGGCACUGGGCUGCUCUCAGGUGCAGCUCGGCUUCCGCUAUGAGUCCAGAGACCAACGCUUCACUAUCUACGUCAUGCAGCUAUCCAAUUGCAGCGCCCUCUGUCUCCCGGCUGACCAGAAAAUUUAUGUGCGUUCAGCGGUGCUGCCCUGUGUUGAAGCCACCCGCUGCCUCUUCCGAACACGAAGUCAUCUGCAUCAGGACGUUAUGGAGGUCAACGAGGUAUUCGGUAUGCAGAUAUCCCACAGUGCAUUGCGGCAGAAGACGCUGAGGGUCGACGUCUGCAACACCAGCAAGUCGGGCCAUGAAGAAUGUCUGGCGGGAGCCCAGAUCAGCCUGGCUGAUGUCAGCUGCUCAGAGGAGAGAUGCACCAAGUGGUACAACCUGCUGAGUCGUGCCUACAUGCCCGAGAUCAAUAACAAGGACAAAGAGAGCAGAGCGGCCGGCUCAGACAGGACUCGUGUUUCCAGCAGUGACAGAGUCAGAGCUCCUGAGGACGAUGAGUGGCACGGCAACUCUCUGGACAUGUUUGAUGAUGAAGAAGGAAAUGGCGUGGAGGGGGUCGGGCCUCUGGAGGAAGAGGAUGAAUUUUAUCCUGAUAGCACCCAAUGGGAAGCAGAGGAGGAGGAGGGGGAGGAAGAAGAGGAGAAGGUGGCCAAACCUCCUCCGAAAGCUGCGGCCAUCACAGAGAAGGUGAACAAGGAGACAAGCAUGGACAACUUGUUGCCGUCCCACCACUGCUCGGUGGUUCGACCCAAGGAACGCCGCCCAGAUGUCCGCCAGCAGAACCCCUUCAUGAGGGGGAACACCAUCAUCCGCUCCAAGACCUUCUCCCCCGGGCCUCAGAGCCAGUACAUCUGCAGGAUUAACCGCAGUGACAGCGACAGCUCCACCCUCUCCAAGAAGUCUCCGUUUGUCAGGAACGCUUCGGAGAGACGCAGCAUGCGCAUGAAGAAGCCUCCUGUGCAGGUCAAAGGACUUGACGGUCUCCUUCGGACAUCCUUGGACCUGGAGUUGGACCUGCAGGUGUCUCGGACUCGGCAGGCCCGACUGGCGCAGGAGCUUCGGGUGCUGCGGGAGCUGAAGACGCAGCUGGAGAAGGCGAGGCAGCAGGGCCAGAGAGAGCUGCCGGCCUGGGUCCAAGAAGACGAACGCUUCCGCCUUCUCCUCAAGCAGGCAGAGAAACAGACUCAUGAGGAGCAGCUACAGGAGAAACGGGUGGAGAAGAUGAUGAGGGCAGCAGCCAAGGACGUCCACAAGAUCAGGGGCCAGAGCCGUAAAGAGGUCCCCGAGGUCCAGACCUUCAGAGAGAAGAUGGCAUUCUUCACACGAGCAAAGACCAGCAUCCCCGACCUGCCGGCUGACGACGUGUAGAGAAGCAUUUCAAAGUAUUCCCCCUCCUCCCCCUGAGUCUUAGCCUGCUGUUUCCAUACAAAUGAAGCAAACCUUUGGCGGUGUUAUGAAGAAUUUAAAAAUAAUAAUAACAAUAUGUUUAGUAGAGAAAACACUCAAAACCGUGAAGAAACACAUUUUUAAAGAGCGCAGCAUUUCUAAUGUGGAUAGUCUUUGUUUGUAAAUUAGUGAUAGCACUGCUUCUUUUUUUUCCACUCUGUUCAUGGCAAAGUGUUUCUGUUACUAACCUGCUGUUUAUAGGCUCUUAGGUGUUAAAAAUCAUUCCAGCACAAAGUCACACAGCUGCACAUGUGCAUACA